AUGCUCGAAAUUGCCAAGGAAUUCGUCGAAAUGUCUACAUACGUGGAAGAAAGACCGGCUAGUGAUGAGAAUACUUGUGACGAUAUAGAGGUUGUUCAGUCUGUGAAGACGAAGUGCUAUGAAGAGACCAAAUAUCUCACAGCAAAAGAGGACAGAAGGGAUGAGGAAGGUUCGUCAAGGCGUGAUCGAGUGAGAGGAAGCCAUACAUGGACCGAAGAGGAGCGCAUUAUAGCAUUCCAUUGUCUGUUGCGGUAUGGCAAAGACUUCGAUGCUGUAGCUGAAGUGCUAGGGACGAAGACGUCGGAUAAAGUGAAGAGUUUCUACUCGGAUAUGAAGCAAGACAUUGACAAGUUACUUGAGAAAGAAGCUGAAAAGGAAGCUGAAAUGAUAAGUACGUUUGACAUGGAACAUGAGCUAAGCCUGGAAGGGUCGAAAAACGUUGAAAUCGUCAAUUUGGAGUGA